AUGGAGUCCGCGCCGAGGCCGGUCUUCCUCCUCCUCCUGACGGUCUGGUGCUGCUGCACUGCUCAACGCAUCGACUACGUGUCUCCACGUCGAGGAAGCCAAAGUGGAGCAACGAGACUCACGAUUUCAGGAGCAGGUUUUUCUAAGACGGAGUUCAAGCUGAAGCCUGAAGACGCUCACUUGGGGAACCUGGUGACUCUGGUGUCGAGCACCAAGUCGUUUCCCUGCGACGUGGAGAGAGACUCGACUCACGAGAACCAGAUCAUGUGUUACACCAGAGCGAUGCCGGCCAGUCACUACAUGGUCCAUGUCACCGUGGACGGAGUUCCCAUUCCUGAGAGCAGCAGAUGCAGAGGAUCCCACGCCUGGUACCACUGCAGCUUCUAUCCUGUCUGGUAUCGAACUCCCACCAUCGAGUCUGUGAGUCCAGUCAGCGGUCCUCCAGGAACGCUGGUGACGAUGCGAGGACGGAUCUACACCAACGUCUACGGAAGCAACACGGACCGAAGCUCCAACGGCCUCAACGUCAGGUUCCUGAGAUCCUUCAUGGGAGGGAUGCCCUGUGAGCUGCUCAAGCCGGAUUCAGACGAACUGUACAACCUCCGUCUGGACUCUGAAUCGUCCCACUGGGGAUACAUGAGCUGCAAGAUGACGGGGACGUACGUCGGUCAUCACAACUUGUCCUACAUCCUGGACGGUGAAUUUGGAAGGAGUUAUCCAGCAAAAAAACUGCUGAGUGUGUCUGCUGCAGACAAACUGUCCAUGUUCCAGACGUUUGCAGAGGUGACCGGAGUCUCUCCGUCGGCCGGCGGCGUCCUGGGAGGAACGCUCAUCACCGUUCACGGACGGUUCUUCGACGAAACCGAUCGACCGGCUCGAGUUCUGGUCGGAGGUCGUCCAUGUGAGAUCCAGAGUGUCGCCGACGACAGAAUUACUUGCAGAACACCUGAGCAGCCGAAGAACAUGAACAUGUCGGUUUAUCCAGGCGGCAGAGGCUUGAAGAUGGAGGUGUGGAACCAAACAAGGCCCCGUUACCUGAGCGACAUCUGGAGCUACAACGAGUCCACACCCGGAUACUGGCAGCAGCCGGUCGACUCGCUGCCCCAAGUCUUCUCUCUGGAGCUGGAUUACUUCACCACUCGGAGCAGAGGCUUCCUGGUUCCUCCGACCAGCGGCAACUACACCAUCUACCUCGGCUGUGACGACCGAUGUGACCUUUACCUGAGCAACUCCAGCCGGCCAGAGGACAAGGUUAAAGUUGCCUACCAGCCACAUUAUGCCAGCAACUUUAAAACAAUGAAGUCGCAAAAGUCAGAUGUAAUGGCUCUCGAGGAAGGAAAAUUCUACUACAUCGAAGUCCUGCAGCAGGACUACGGCGGCAAAGCUCGAGUCAACAUCGCCCUCUACCGAGAGGAAAGUUCCUUCACGGAGGAGCAGACGGACGACGCCGUCAACGAAGUUCAGCAGAUCGUGGCCGACUACGACGUGUUCGACGAGGAGCAGGUGGUUUCCUUCGACUCGUGGCCCAGCAGAACCGCUGCGGUCCAGGAGGUGCAGAAGCUGAGCGUCAGCAGCAGCUGCCAAAGCCACCUCUGCGGAAACACCUUCUUCAGGCUGAGCUACGGCGACGCCAAGACGGCUCCGAUUCCCGUCGGCGCCUCGGCGGGCGUGAUGGAAGCUGCUCUGAACAGCUUGUGGUCCAUCAGACCCGACAGCGUCCGGGUGGCCAAACAGGACGACGGUCAGGGUUCCCACUACACCGUCACCUUCAACUCUGACAGAGGCGACUUCGACCUUCUUCACUCGGAGGUUUUCACCAACGACACCAACAUCAUCGUUGCCGAGGAAACCAAGGGGCAAAGCAACAUGGAGACCUUCACGCUGCUGUGGGCGGGAAUCCCGACGAAACCCAUCGCCGUCAACGCAACCGAGUCGGAGGUGCAGUCGGCUCUGGAGGACAUGAUGAAGGCCGAGUGUCCCGACGAGAUCCGACCCAGCGAAGGAGGCGACGUCAAAUACUUCCACGACUUUGAAGACAACGUGUCUCAGUUCAACGGUGAUGAAAAAGGCACUCUGGUGAAAAACUCUGGUUUCUGCGGUUCGUCGUCGCUGAAGAACGCCGAAAUUCUGUUCAUGGAAAGCUACAAGAAAGAGUCGGGAAAAACCUACGGACCGGUUUCACUGGACAAACACCCCACGCUGUGCUUCGCCUACAUGGGGGCGCUGGAGGACGUCGUUCAGGUGAAGUUCACGUACCGCAACAGCAGCGGCGUCACCAGAACGGAGACGGCCAAGAUCAGCACCGUGUUCGACGAAGGCCCAGAGUGGAGCUACAAGUGCUUGGACCUGCAGAGCUCGCUGCAGACUGAAUUCUUCGGCAGCAGCUACAGUCUGCUGUCGCUUCACCUCCACAAAGACGAGUCCAGGGCAGACUUCUACGUGGACGCUGUCUACAUCGGGAAGACGCCCACCACGAGAGACGUAAACGCUGUUGUCCAGAAGAGGAGGCCUCCUCCUUUUAAGAGCUCCUUCGAGAUGAUCUCUGUGAGCAAAAAGGCAUCGAACGCCUCACGGUUCAGCUACGAGAUCAAAGCCAGGCCUGCAGAAUGCGCGUUUGGGUUCCCGCUGCUGGAAGUCGGCUUCCUGCAGACGUCCAACAGCAGCGAGGACUCGGCCGACUUCGAGGCGGGAGGAGCCAAGGUCAGCAUCCGUCGUCCUCACAGAGCCUCCCCACCGCUGAGCGGAACCUUCGGUGUGGAGAUUUACGGAGACCGAGUCGAAGGUCUGUCCAUGGACAUCGGCGAGGACGAGCUGAAGUACGCUCUGGAGGGAAUCGAGGGCAUCGGGCAGGUCAGCGUCACCGACAAGGGAACCUGCAGACAGCCGAAGUGGAGGAUCAAGUGGCUGACGAAGGGCGGAGCUCAGCCUCUGAUGAAGGUCGACAGCUCGUCGGUCGUCGGCGAAAACGUCGUCAUUUCAGUCAAAGAGGUCGAAAAAGGCGGACUGCUGAUUCGAGGCCUGUCCGGAGAUUUCUUCCGCAGCUGGGAAACCAAACCGCAGGUGCAGGUUUUGAUCAACGGGAUUCCCUCCAAGUGUUCUGGAAACUGCAGCUUUGAGUGGAGAGACGAGAGAACUCCGGUUCUGACGGGAAUCAGCCCGACUCAAGGCUCUGAUGGCCUCGGGACUCUCCUGACCAUCACCGGAACCGGCUUCAGCAGCGAGAACGCCUCCAUCACGGUGGGAAAAGCAAAGUGCCGCGUCGAGCAGGUCACCGCUUCCUCUCAGGUGUGCAGGCUGAGCAGCUCCAGCGCCGGAAGCUACCCAGUGUGGGUGAACUUUCCCUCCCUGGGAGACGCCCGCCACCCUGGAGGAGACGUCCUGAGGUUCACCUACCAGCUCAUCGUCUCCUCCUUCUCCCCGACGUCUGGAAGCCUCGCAGGAGGAACUCUGCUGACCGUGAGCGGCUUCGGCUUCGGCCAGAACUCUUCGGUCAGCGUUGGCGGCGGCGAGUGUUCGCUGGUUCACGUCACCGACACGGAGCUGAAAUGCAGAACACCGGCAGGAGCUGCAGGAUCACAAACCGUCACAGUGUCGGUGGGAAACGCGAGUCAGUCGGCCGGCGGCUCCUUCACCUUCGACGGCAACGCCACGCCUCAGAUCUCCGGCCUGAGUCCCCAGCGCAGCACCGUGACCGGACGCAGAGUUCUCACCAUCCAGGGUUCGAACCUCGGAGGCCGAGACAAUAGCAGCGUGGUGUUGGUGGGCGGGGAGGAGUGCGUCACCGUGCAGUGGACGGAGACCAGCAUCACCUGUCUGCUGCCUGUGCUGCCGCCGGGGCUGCACAAGGUGGACGUACAGGUCGGCAACAACGGAUACCCCCAGACCAGCAACGGCGUGAACGCGACCAUCGAAUACAUCCUGGAGGUCCACAGCAUCUCCCCGUCGUCUGGGUCUUUAAUGGGAGGAACCAUGCUGACGGUGUCCGGCGCUGGUUUCAGCAACAACACAGCCGACAACAAAGUGUCCAUCGGAGAUGCUCGGUGUGAAGUGACGGUCGCCUCGGAGAACGAGCUGCGAUGCGUCGUGCAGUCGGAGCAGAAGAUUCACAAUGUCACCAACCAGGGAUCCCACCACACGUACGGACAGGGAUAUGCAUGGAGUCCUUCCUCACUCACAGUGUUUGUUGGAGACACGGUGAUGUGGCGCUGGGAGGCACCUCUGUUCCAGAAAGUCGGCUACCGGGUCUUUAGUGUUUCCAACGCCAGCUCCGCCACUCCUGGAAGGGGACCGCUCAACAGUGGAGAGAUGAAGACUGCCAAAGGGUUUCACAGCUACCAGUUCACUGCUCCCGGUGUGUUCCUCUACAGCAGCGGCUACAUAGACAACAAAAAGGCCAUCAUGCUGCAGGGAGUUGUGAAAGUUAGGAGUCGGGUAGAGAAGACCAGCAAGGUCUCCGUCAGCGUGGGAGGCAUUCAGGCCAAACUCAUGCCGGGAGGUUCACGUCGCGUCUCCAGAGCAGCACCGCAGUGCGUCGCCUCCCCACAGUGCCAGCAGACCAAUGAGACUUCCGGCGGAUUCUCCUACAGCACCUCAGCCUGCUCCACCCCCACAGUCCACUCCAUCUCCCCCAACCAGGGCUCGUACCACCAAGUCAUCCGCAUCCAGGGAACAGGCUUCAGCAACAUCACCUGCGCUAAUGAGGUGAUGGUUGGAGAUCAGCCCUGUCAGGUGAUCAACAGCUCCCAGUCGGAGAUCACCUGCCAGCUCGGUCCAAACAGCGAGCUUCCCACCGGCGUCGCUCUCGCCGUGUCCGUCAGAGUGAACAACCUCGGCGACGCCAUCAUCGCUGUACAAGACGAGCUCAAGCGUCGCUUCGUGGUCCUGCCCGUCGUCGACUCGGUCUCGCCUCCUAUCGGCAGCACCACCGGCUACACCCGGCUCCUCGUCCGCGGUUCUGGCUUCUCCUCGGGACGAGUGACCGUGGCCGGUGAACCCUGCAGCGUCCUGACGCUAAAUUACACCCACAUCGUCUGUGACACCGCUCCGUCUCAACCGCACACCGGCGAUGUCGUCUUUCACAAAGGCCGGAUCCAAAGUUCCUGCAGCUCCAGCUGCUCCUUCGUCUACUCGUCCGCCGUCACCCCGACAGUCACCGGCAUCUCCCCCGACACCAUUGACACCGCCAUCAACGUCACCAUCUCCGGCUCAGGGUUUGGCAGCCGCGUGGACGACUUGUCGGUUUUCGCCAACACCACAGAGUUAGAAGUCACGGCUGUUACCGACGGUAACAUCACGGCGACGGUUACCGCCCUGCCUGCAGGAAUCCACUUGCUCAGGGUGACGGUGAGGAGCAAAGGCCUCGCAUCCGGAUCCGUCACCCUGAACAGCCGAGCCAAGGCCAUCCUGAGCCCCACCGCCGGCAGCCUGGCGGGAGGAACGCCACUCGUCUUCACUGGAAACGGCUUCGCUCCGGGAAACACCAGCGUGACGGUUGGCGGGAAACCCUGCGAGAUUCAGACGGUGACGCCGGCCAGACUUCGCUGCCUGACGCCUCCUCAUGCCGAAGGACUGGUGACCGCCAACAUCCGGGUCUUGUCCGUGGAUUAUCCUCCGCUCAACUUUACCUACUCUGCAGCCCACACUCCGGUCAUCAGCUCCGUCAGCCCCACCACAGGACCGAGCGGAUCUGUCGUGACGCUCACCGGUUCAGGAUUUGGCAACGACUCUCAGCUCGUCUCGGUGACCAUAAAUGGCGUUGCCUGCAACGUGUCCAUGGUGUCGGACACUCAAGUCCAGUUCACGGCAGCAAACAACCCGGGAGGAGCCUACAAAGUGAUGCUGCUUCACCAGGACAAAGGCUACGCCCAGUCAGACGCCAUGUUCACGUACGAACUGAGGCUCGACACCGUGACGCCCAACGAGAGUGGUUUCGGCGGCGGCAGACUGUUGUCCCUCCUCGGCUCCGGCUUCUCGGAAACCUCCGUGGUGAAGAUCUGUGAGCAGGAGUGUGUCGUCAGCAGAGAAACGUCGACGUCCACCCGCCUUUACUGCGAGGCUCCACCCAACAACGGGACUCAGUCGGAGCUGGACUGCGACAUCUCCGUCAUCAACCCGCUGAGCUCCGUCAACAAGUCCAGCGCCUUCACCUACAGGUCCCGGCUGACUCCGGUGAUCACCGAGGUUUCUCCGCGCAGGGGAGGCACCGCCGGAGGCACCCGGCUCACCAUCUCUGGCUCUGGUUUCAGCUCUGAUACGAGCAAAGUGAACGUGACGAUCGCAGGAUCCGUGUGUGACGUCCAGUCGGCCAACGACACUCACAUCGUCUGUGUGACCAACUCUCAGAAACAGUCUCAGGAAACCAAAGUCAGGGUCAACGUGGCCGACCGAGGCCUCGCCAAGAUGGACAACGCAGACUUCUUCUACGUGGACGUGUGGUCGUCCAGGUUCACGUGGGGAGGUCUGUCGCCGCCCGAGAAGGGCUCCUUCGCCGUCAUCACCAAAAACCAGACCAUCCUUCUGGACACCAGCACGCCGGUGCUCAAAAUGCUCCUCAUUCAAGGAGGGACGCUGGUGUUCGACGAAGCCGACAUCGAGCUGCAGGCAGAAAACAUCCUGAUUACGGACGGCGGGCGGCUGCAGAUCGGCCAGGAGGGGGCGCCGUUCCAGCACAAGGCCAUCAUCACGCUUCACGGACACCUGCGAUCGCAGGAAAUUCCUGUUUAUGGAACCAAGACGUUGGCGGUCAGAGAGGGCAUCCUGGACCUGCACGGUAUUCCCGUCCCCGUCCCCUGGACUCACCUGGCCCAGACGGCGGCCAGCGGCUCCGCCACGCUGACCCUGAUGAAGGCCGUGACGUGGAAGGUGGGAGAUGAGAUCGUCAUUGCCUCCACCGGCCACAGACACAGUCAGAAAGAGAAUGAAGUGCGGAAGAUCGCCGCCGUGUCGGCCGAUGGAAGGACCCUCACCCUGGACAAGCCGCUGAACUACACCCACGUCGGGGUGAGCGUGACGCUGCCCGACGGCACCGUGUUUGAAGGCCGAGCGGAGGUGGGUCUGCUCACCAGGAACAUCGUGAUCCGAGGAUCCCGACACCAAGAGUGGACCGACGAGAUCAAAGCCUGCCCUGACGGCUUCAACACAGGGGAAUUCGCCACCCAGACCUGCUUCCAGGGUCGGUUUGGAGAAGAAAUCGGCAGCGACGAGUUUGGAGCCUGCAUCAUGUUUCACGCACCCAGACCCAACGAGAACCUGGCCAUCGGCAGACUGGAAUACGUUGAGAUCACUCACGCUGGACAGGCCUACAGGCUGGGACGUUACCCCAUCCACUGGCAUCUGAUGGGAAACAUCAGCUACGCGUCGUACGUUAGAGGCUGCGCCAUCCACGAAACCUUCAACAGGGCCGUAACCAUCCACAACACCCACCGGCUGCUGGUGGAGCACAACGUCAUCUACAACAUCAUGGGCGGCGCCUUCUUCAUCGAGGACGGCAUCGAGACGGAGAACAUCCUGCAGUACAACCUGGCGGUGUUCGUCAAACAGAGCACCAGCCUGCUGAACGACGACGUCACUCCGGCUGCCUACUGGGUCACCAAUCCCAACAACAUCAUCCGCCACAACGCUGCCGCCGGGGGAACCCACUUCGGCUUCUGGUACCGCAUGCAUGAACACCCCGAUGGCCCGUCCUUUGAUAGUAAUAUCUGCCAGAAGAAGGUUCCUCUGGGGGAGUUCACCAACAACACCGUGCACUCCCAGGGCUGGUUCGGCCUGUGGAUCUUCCAAGACUUCUUCCCGAUGAAGAAAGGAAGUUGCCGCUCCAAGACCCCCGAACCCGCCAUCUUCCAUUCGCUCACCACCUGGAACUGUGAGAAAGGCGCCGAGUGGGUGAACGUGGGCGCCGUGCAGUUCAGCAACUUCGUCAUGGUCAACAACGAGAAGGCCGGCAUUGAAGGAAAGCGGAUCAUGCAGUGGGCCGUGAGCGGCUUCGGGGAGGACGGCGGUGCGACGAUGUCCAACAGCACCAUCGUGGGCCACGUGGACGAGCUCGGCCGGCUGAAGAACAACUGCACCCACCGCGGCAUCAUCACACCCUUCGACGAUGGCCUGAGCGUCCUCAACACCAAGUUCAUCAACUUCAACCGGGACUCCUGCACGGCCAUCGGGGUGACCUCGAUUGACGGGACCUGUGUGGAUCGGUGCGGCGGCUGGGCGGUCCGGUUCAGUGGCGUCCAGUACUUUAACUCACCCAACAAGGCCGGCUUCAGGUGGGAACACGAAGUGCAGCUGCUGGACACCGACGGCUCCCUCACAGGAACCAUCAACCAGAGAGUGGUGCCCAUGAGCUCCCUGUUGGAUCCUGCUCACUGCUCUCAGAGCGCCGAGUGGAGCGUCGGUUUUCCCGGAGCCGUGUGCGACCACACCGUCGACUUCCACCGCCUGGCGCUCAACAACCCAUCACCGAGCUCCCUGAAAGCCAAGGACAUUGUCUUAACCAACUCGCAUGGCACCAGUGUGAUCCCCUUCCUGAAGAAGAGAAUGACCCACAAGUUUGGCUGGAUGGGUUUGCUGCCCUCCGGACAAACGUACAACUGGUACUUUGACAACGUGGACCAGGUCACCAACAUCACCUACAAAGCCAAGUUCUACGGCUUCAAGCCCGAUCAGUUCGUCAUCAUCAACCACAACUUCACCCAGAGUCCAGACAGUUUCCGGAUCAUCGACAAGAGGAACGGAUCAUCGGCGCCGCUGAGCUUCGGCAACAACUCGAACGGAGACUGGUACUUCGACAACAGCACCAACGACCUCUUCUACAUGGUAUCGGGAAAGACGAGCCAGCGGCGGCGGCGCAGCACCGUCGACCGUUCGAUGCGCGACGUGGCGGUGAACUUCGCGGUUUAUCGCUGCUUCUUCCCCAACUGCAUCCCUCCGCCUCCGCCGCCUCCGGCCACGCUGGCCCCGCUGCCCAACAGCCGGCCGGCAGACUUCAUCCUGUGGUCGAAUGCGUCGUUCUGGAGUAACUCGGCUGAGAACAAUAACUCGGUGCCAGCAGAGGGCGCCGACGUGGUCGUCCCGUCAGGCAUGUGGCUGGUUCUGGACGUGGACCCGCCUCGCCUCAACAAGCUGACGGUGGUCGGAGUCCUGGAGAUCCCCGACACCCUGAACAGUUCGUCCAGCCGAUCAGCUCGAUCCGCUCCCGAGUUCAGGACGGUGGUGGUCGACGCCGUUUACAUCUCCAUCCAGGGCGGCCGGUUGAUCGCCGGUUGGGACGGCGAGCCAUUCAGAGGCGAGCUGCACAUCAAGCUGAGAGGAAACCACAAGACCCCCGACUGGCCGCUGCCCAACGGACCCAACCAGGGAUCCAAAGUCCUGGGUGUGUUUGGGACUCUGGAGCUUUAUGGGAAACCUCACAACGUUUAUCACACCAAGCUGGCGGCGACAGCUGCUGCCGGAUCCAACCGGCUGACGCUGCCGCAGCCCGUCGACUGGCAGGUCGGAGACGAAGUCGUCGUCUCAACGACGAGCUACGACAUAAACGAGACAGAAAAAUGUCAGAUCGCUGCCGUGUCAGCCGACGGCCGCACCCUGACCCUGAGCCAGAGCUUGGCCCACACUCACAUCGGUGAGACUCACUCGGUGUCGGGCUCGUCUCGGUCCUACACUCUGGCCGCCGACGUCGGUCUGGUGACCAGAAACAUCAAGAUCGUCGGCCAGGAUUAUCCGCAGAUGACGGAGGAGUCGUUCGGAGCCAGACUGCUGGUCGGCAGCUACUCCUGGAAGGGAAUCGACUACAAAGGCAAAGCUCAGAUCAGGAACGUGGAGUUUUAUCGCUCCGGUCAGGAAGGCUGGACCGACUACAGCGACCCGCGGUACUCGGUGGCCUUCGUCAACCUGGGAGAGGUUUCAGGAGACGAGUCGUACAUCCAGGGUUGUGCUUUCCACGACGGCUUCUCUCCGGCCAUCGGCGUCUUCGGGACCGAGGGCCUGAGCGUCGAUGAUAACGUCGUCCACCACACUGUCGGAGAAGGUCUCAGAAUUUGGGGCAAUAACAUCACUGUGAGGAGGAACCUGGUGAUGAUGUCGCUGUGGCCGGGGUCCUACCAGGACAGGGAGGAGCCCUUCAACUUCGACUGGAACGCUGCCAUCGAGGUCAACGAGGGGACGAACGUCGUGCUGCAGAACAACAUCGUGGCCGGAUACGAGAGAGUGGCCUAUCGCAUCGACGGGGAACCGUGUCCAGGGACUGUGAAUAAGAACGAGAAGUGGAUGGACAACGAGGCUCACGGCGGUCUGUACGGAGUCUACCUGAACAAAGACGGUCUGCCCGGCUGCAGCCUCGUCCAGGGCUUCUUCAUCUGGAGGAGCUUCGACUACGGCAUCUACUUCCAGAACACCAUCAACAUGGUCAUUUCCAACGUGACCCUGGUGGACAACGGGAUGGGCGUCAUGCCGCUGACCUACGCUCCUCCGUCACUGUCCCACGCCUUCGCAGAUAAAACCGUAAAAGUCCAGAGCUCCCUGAUCGUUGGCAGCAGCCCGAACUUCGACUGUUCACUCGGUUUGGAUUCCAGUGACUUUAAUAUCGCGACCAGCGCCAGUCAUCGAGCUCCCAGACCUCGGCAAGGAGGCAGAUCUGGAGUCUGUUGGCCAAACUUUGCAUCUGGACACAACACCGCUCCGGGUAAACCCCACCACCUGAACAUGAACUACAACGCCAUUAAAGGGCUGAUGACGGUCACAGGCACGACGUUCGUAAACUUCCGAAACGUCUGCUCCGGUGAGGCGAACUUCAUGUUCAUGACCAACCCACUGAAUGAAGACCUGCAGCAUCCGGUGCAGGUUUCAGACCUGAAGCUGGUCGACAGCACGGACGAGGCCAAAAUCUUUGUUCACAGGGCUGAUGUGGGUAAAGUGAACCCGGCCGACUGCGUGGACAUGGAGUGCGACGCGAAGAAGAAGACCAUGCUGAAGGACUUGGACGGGUCGCUGCUGGGUGCUGUGGGAGCUGUGGUGCCCCAGUCCGAGUUCGAGUGGAACGGAGAUCCCAGGAGGGGCCUCGGCGACUAUCGCAUCCCCAAAGUCAUGCUCACGUACCCCAAUGGCAGCCGAAUCCCAGUGGACCAGAUCGCUCCCAACAAAGGUGUGAUCAGGAAAAACUGCACCUACAUGACUUCCUGGCAGAGCUACAAGUGCUUCGACCUGAACUACAGGAUGCUGGUGAUCGAGAGUCUCGACUCGGACACGGAGACCAGACGUCUGUCGCCCGUCGCCGUGCUCGGAGACGGAUUUGUGGAUCUGAUCAAUGGUCCUCAGGAUCACGGCUGGUGUUCAGGCUACACCUGCCAGAAGAGGGUGUCCCUGUUUCACAGCAUCGUGGCCACCAACCGCUACUUCGACGUCUUCUUCACCAGCGUCAGUCCACAGAAGCUUCGCCUCAUGAUGCUCAACGCUGAUCCAUCGGAGAGCAUCGUGGUGUCCGUCUUCUACUCCAAACCUCAGCGGUUGGACGUAUACGUCGACAACACGCUGGUCGUUCCCACUAAUGCCGAGUGGAACGCUGACCGAAGCGACUACACCUUAAAGAAGCCGAUAUCUGCAGGUCAGUACGUCCCUCAGUUGAACGCCACUCUGGGCACCAACUACUUCGACCAGGACAACAAGAUGCUGAAGGUGGUGGUGAGAGGCUCCAAACCGGUGGAGAUCCGGACCGCCCCAGUCCUCGUCAUCGCCUUCGACCUGCCCGCCUUGACCGAGGACGAGUUCUUCGGGGACAACCUGGUCCGGAACCUCGCCACGUUCCUCCAAGUUCCCGCCAACAUGAUCCGCAUCACCAACAUCAUCAGGGGGGACGGACGGCGCCGGAAGAGAUCGACGGGCCUCAAGGUGGAGGUGGAGAUCAAGAAGCCUCCGGUCCAGCAAGCCACCAACACCACCGACGACGAGGAGGACUUCACGUUGCUGAAGAACAUUGCAGAUAAUCUGGUCCAGGCGGCAGUUUCCGGAAACAUCAGUCAGUCCAUCGGCUUUAACGUCUCCUCGAUGGGCGUCGUCCCGCCGCCUCCUCCAUCCUCAGACCCCAGCUGGAAGGAGGUGGCAACAGAGGAAGUGACGAGAGAGGAACCGGAGAAGAGCUACGUGGCCACCGUGGCCGACCUGCUGCUGGUGGAGGAGCCGGUAGUCGGAGAGUUCAUCGGUCCUCUUAACCAGCAGCCACGUCUGAUGGCUGUGGACGAGAAGGGAAACUGCGUCUCGGUGGGAGUGACGACUCUCACAGUAACAGCCAGUCUGAAGAGCUCCAGUGGAGACGGCGUGGACGGACUGGAGGGAAACGCCACCAUCCUGUUCAGCAGCUGCUGGGCCAACUUCACCGACCUGUCCAUCGCCAACAGCGGCGAGAACCUGACGAUGGUCUUCACUCUGAAGGAGUGGAGCGCCCAGUCCAGAGCUUUCUCCGUCCAGGAGAAAAACACCACCACCGAGACCCCGACCACCGUCACCUCGACGACGGACGGGCCUACGACCACCGACGGCAGCGUGUUCGGCUCCAGCACCGUCGUGUCCGCCGGCAGCCUGUGUCUGGUCAGCGUCAUCUACUCCGUGGCCUGCUGCUCCGACGCCAUCCCCAUAUGUUAGAGGUUCCAGGCAGCAGGGUUUCAUGAAGGACGUUUUAUCCACUAUGAGAGGAGCAGCUCCGCCAAGUAACACAAACUGAACUCAACUAUGAACGCAGCAUGCACAUGGAGAAAAAGUUGAUCUAAUUUCUAUUAUUCUAGCUAGAAAGGGGUUAAAUUCAAUCAGCUGUGUGCCCUUUAUCAUUCCCAGAUGUUGCCUGAUGUCCAUUCUGUUGAUCAGAGGCUGCUGGAACAUCGUUACAUGCUGUGUUUGUAUUUUAGCUCAGUGUACUUUUUAAAUAUUUUCACAUGAAGGUUUUCUUUGUCCUUUUAGGUGAUUUUAUUAGGGUGAGUUUUAUGUGGCUAUCCAAUAAAUCAGGUGUAAGAUCCCCCCCAAAAAAAGUGCAAUAGUGAAUUGAAUCUGCAGGAAAACAUGAAGGUUUUGAAUGUGAUUUUUUUUUUUUUUAAACAGUUGAAAAAAAAAAAGGGUUUGAAUUUGCUAAAAUACUAAAUGCUGCGAUUAUAUUUUUGCUCGCUAUACUUCUUGAAUAUUUUAUCCACAUGAAGGUUUUUCUUUGUCUUUUUUGGGUUGUUUCAUUGUGUUAUUUUUUAUGUGACUAUUACAAUAAAUCAGGUCUUUAAAAAGUGCAAUAGUGAAGCUGAAUCUGCAGGAAAACAUGAAUGUUGUGAAUGUGAUGAAAACAAACUGUUGCAUUUUGAUGAUUUUCAUCUUUUUUCAAUAAAUUCUAUUUUUCAUUGUUA